AUGUCUCUAAAGAUAGCUGCAGAAAUUUAUCCAAAAUCACCAUCAGAGACAGUGGAGGAGCCAUUGGUUGUGGUAAAGGAAUAUGACGAAGAUAGACACAAGGUAGCAGUAGAGAAACUUGAGAGGCUUUGUGAAGUUGGGCAGAGUGGAAAGCCAUCUCUUGUCACUGACCUCAUGGGAGACCCCAUAUGCCGUAUCCGUCACUUUCAAUUGCAUGUCAUGCUGGUUGCAGAAUAUGGUGAAGAAGGAGAAGUUGUUGGGGUGAUAAGGGGGUGUGUAAAAACAGUUACAAGAGGGAAUUCGGUUUGUGUAAAACUGGCCUAUAUUUUGGGACUCAGAGUCUCCCCUCGACACAGGAGAUUUGGCAUCGGCACAAAACUAGUUGAACAUUUAGAAGAGUGGUGCAAGCAAAAAGGGGCUAGGUAUGCAUAUAUGGCAACAGAUUGUACCAAUGAGCCUUCGGUGAAUUUGUUCACAAAAAAAUGUGGAUACUCAAAGUUCAGGACUCUAACCAUACUAGUGCAACCUGUGCAUGCUCACUACAAACCAAUCAGCUCCAAUGUUGCUGUGCUUCGCCUUCCACCACGCCUAGCAGGGUCCAUGUAUAACCAUAUGUUUGCCAAUUCAGAAUUUUACCCUAAAGACAUAGACUUAAUCUUGUCCAACAAGCUGAAUUUGGGGACUUUCAUGGCCAUCCCCAAGAAGUACUUGUCCAAGUGUGAUCCAAAAAGGGGCAUUCUCCCUCCAAGCUACGCAAUACUAAGCGUGUGGAACACCAAAGAUGUGUUCAAAUUGCAAGUGAAGGGUGUGUCACCAUUGACACAUGCCUGCUGCGUAGGUACGAGGUUGUUGGAUGAAUGGAUGCCAUGGCUAAGGCUACCUUCAUUUCCUGAUGUUUUUAGGCCAUUUGGGGUUUAUUUUGUGUAUGGACUACACAUGGACGGAAAGUGUGGUGCACAACUAAUGAAGUCCUUAUGUGGAUUUGUGCAUAACAUGGCAAGAGAUGAUGGUGGUUGUGGGGCCAUUGUGGCUGAACUGGGCCAAAGGGACCCAGUCAGAGACGCAGUCCCACAUUGGAGUAAGUUCUCAUGGGCAGAGGACAUGUGGUGCAUCAAGAAUCUUCUCAAGGAUACCCCUCAAAAAUCUGAUUGGUUCACUUCUAGAUCUUCUUCCCCAGUAAUAUUUGUUGAUCCUCGAGAUUUCUAA